GAGUGCCCACCAAAAAAAUUUCCACUUUCUUGUUUGCAGAAAGUCUUGCUCUUCACUCAACAUUUCUAAGGGGAGGAGGAAGGAAAUCCAUUGAUCAAAUUCCUGGGUAUACUGUCUCCGAUCGGAGAUAAUGACGCUGAAAGCUUCUCCGAUUUCAGAACCUUGCCAGAGUUUAAUCGAUAGGAUCUACAGCUCAAUUUCCGAUGGCAUACAUUUUGGGUCGCCGGUUUCCUCCUUGAAGACAAGUGAAUUGGAUUUGGUAUGUGGGGUUCUUCGAAUGCUGCAAGGUUUUUCUUGUUCUCUGCUAUACUGGGACGAGAAUGCUCAGAGAUUUUGUGUGAAAAAUGGAAUUUACGUGACCCAUUUGUCUCAUUCAAGUCUUCAUGAGCUUCUCAGUCAAUUCUUAUACACUGCAACAUGUUUGAAGCUUGUAGAAAUUCUAGUCACUAAAGUGGAGAAUCAUUUUCGAUCUCCUCCUCCUACAUUGAGGGCGUUUGCAUCCUCCAUUUCUGCCUGGCUUAAGAGGUUGCAUGGAAUUGCUUUAAAGGAAGAAACAAAGAUACAUGAUUCCAACAAUGGAGCCACACCAACCCUAUUGGGUUUAGCAAGUUCUUUGUCAAGCCUUUGCUCAGGUGCUGAAUAUCUGUUGCAAAUAGUGAAUGGAGCCAUCCCCAAUGAAUGCUUUAAGACUAAGUCAUGUAUUCCAGCUGCUGACUUAGCUGUGCAUAUCCUGGAUUAUCUUUACACAAAGCUUGAUGAAGCAUGUCUUGUGCAAGGUGGUGAGGAGGAAGCUUAUAAGAUGUUGGUUCAUAUAUUUGUUGGAAGCUUAUUGCCAUAUAUUGAAGGCCUUGAUUCUUGGCUUUUUGAAGGUACUCUUGAUGAUCCAUUUGAGGAGUUGUUUUUCUAUGCCAACAAGGCAAUUUCUGUUGAUGAUGCUGAGUUUUGGGAAAAGAGCUAUCUAUUGAAGUUGGCACAAUACCAGAAGUUGAAAGUUGAGCUUGCUGCUGCAACUGAUGCUCACCUACAUGUAUCCAUGACAAAAGACAAGAAGGAAACAUCUGAAAGGGAGUUUAUUUCUACAUCUAUUCCCAUGAAAGGAAAAGAGCAAAAAAAUAGAGAUCUUUUAGCAUGUCCUUUAUUUAUUAAGGACAUAGCUAAAUCAAUUGUCUCUGCAGGAAAAUCAUUGCAGCUGAUCCGCCAUGUUCCUAUGACAUUAUCUGUAGCUUCUGGAAGAAAUAAUGAUAAUGGAAGUGAUGGUUUUGGAAGUCCUAAUACUGGGAGGGAUUCAAGCAAGAUUAAUCAGAGGCAGAGCAUGGGAAGGUUAACAUUAUCAGAAAUUUUCCUUGUGUCAUUAGCUGGUCUUCUUGGUCAUGGUGAUCACAUUUAUAGAUACUUUUGUCAAGAUGACCAGUGUAAACCAGAAAUUAUUUCCUCAUUGUCCUGCAUUGAAGAACAGAUGGCAGAGAAAGAGACUGUUGACACUUUGCCAAUUCCACCAUACUCAGAGACAAUAUGGUAUAAGUUCUUGGUUGAGACAUUGUCAAAGAAAAAGGUUCUAGAUUUACAACCUGGGCAUAGCCAUUCAUGUGAUUUUCCUGACACAAAAGAAGCAGAUGCUGUUAGAGGCCUAGAAAAUGCAUUUCUACUCCGGAGAUCAUUUUGUCCAGAAAACCCAGUUAUUACGGUGUGUCAAACAUUCCUUGAUAAGAACAGCAAUGCUUGGAAAGAGCUUUGCUUGUCUAGAAAGUUGUAUCUACCCCCUUUAAAUGAUGAACCCUUAAGAAAAGCAGUGUUUGGCAACCAAGGUGAGCUAGUUAAAGGGAUCAAGGGAACAAACUAUACUUUUGGUUUCCAGUUUGGGGAAUCAGAAUAUCUUCGUGCUCAGGAUGAAAUGAGGUUGUUGGAAGUCUUGUUUCCUUUGCCCACUCUUCUACCCCCUUUUCAGGAUGAGCUCCAGAUGUCAGAAGUCUUGCCUUUCCAGAAUAACAGCACCCUGUCAUCAAGAGUAAUCAGCUGGAUUCAAAGUGUUGAACCCAGAACUACCCCACUCCCCAUGGUUAUCAUGCAGGAAUGCCUCACUGUCUACAUCAAGAAGCAGGUCGAUUACAUUGGCAGUCUUGUCCUGUCAAAACUAAUGAAUGACUGGAGAUUGAUGGAUGAGCUUGCAUUGUUGCGAGCCAUAUACUUGUUAGGUUCAGGUGAUUUGUUGCAGCACUUUUUGACUGUGAUUUUUGACAAGCUGGAUAGGGGGGAAACCUGGGAUGAUGAUUUUGAGUUAAACAUAAUAUUACAGGAAUCCAUUAGAAACUCGGCAGAUAGCAUGUUAGUUAGUAGUCCGGAUUCUUUGGUGGUAUCCAUAACCAGUAAUUCUGGUUUUGAUGGUCAUGACCAAACUAGUACAGUUGCUCUUGCUUCCACUCCCCACAAAGGUCAUUCACAUAGCUUUGGGAUUGAUUGCCUUGAUUCUCUGAAAUUCUCAUACAAGGUCUCUUGGCCGCUUGAACUUAUUGCUAAUACAGAGGCAAUUAAGAAGUAUAACCAGGUCAUGGGUUUUCUGUUGAAGGUGAAGCGUGCAAAAUUUGUGCUUGAUAAAGCUCGAAGAUGGAUGUGGAAGGAUAAGGGCACUGCAAGAAGCAAUCACAAGCGCCACUGGUUGGUUGAGCAGAAACUCCUCCAUUUUGUGGAUGCUUUUCACCAAUAUGUAAUGGACAGGGUGUAUCAUAGUGCAUGGCGUGAACUCUGUGAAGGAAUGGCAGCAGCUGGAUCUUUGGAUGAAGUCAUAGAAGUACAUGAGGCAUACUUAUUAUCAAUACAAAGACAAUGUUUUGUGGUCCCUGAUAAACUGUGGGCUCUGAUUGCAAACCGAGUCAACAGCAUCCUUGGACUAGCUUUGGACUUCUAUUACAUACAGCAGACUUUGAGCAGUGGUGCAGCUGUUUCUGCAAUCAAGACCAGAUGUGAAAUGGAAGUGGAUCGGAUUGAGAAGCAGUUUGAUGAUUGCAUUGCUUUCCUCCUUAGAGUCUUGUCUUUUAAGCUCAACGUGGGGCAUUUUCCUCAUUUGGCUGAUUUGGUUACAAGAAUUAAUUACAACUUCUUCUACAUGUCUGACAGUGGAAACUUGACGACUACCCCUAGCUCUGAAGCAGCUACUUCAAGGAAGGCCUUUGCUGGUUGAGCAGACUUCUUUUAGUUGCCUGGUAUUAUCAGCAAUGGCCCCUACCUGUAGAUAUUAGGAUAUGCCUACUCCUUUCUAUAUUAUCUGAGACUCUUGUUUCUGCAUAUUCUCUUCAAAAAACUAAUUUCAGAACUAUUUUACUUCUGUACUAGUGUGGCAUGUCUGCUUGUAGAAUUUUGAAACUUGUUUCAGGGCAUCCAUUUUGAUAGAUUGAUUCAUAUUCAAUGGAAAGUGCAACAUGCUUG